AUGCCACUCUAUGCCAAGUUUUUAAAGGAACUCAUGAUAAGGAAGGGGAAUUGGGGGGAAAAUGAGACUGUAGUGCUCAUUGAGGAGUGUAGUGCCAUAAUACAAAAGAAGCUUCCCCAGAAAUUGAAAGAUCCUGGGAGCUUCCAAAUCCCCUGUAUCAUUGGGGAUAUGAACAUUGAGAAGGCACUUUGUGAUCUAGGAGCCAGCAUCAACCUCAUGUCUUUGGCCAUGAUGAAGAGGAUGAGAAUAGAAGAAGUAAAACCCACAAGAAUGGCCCUUCAACUAGCAAAUAGAACCUUCAAAUUCCCCCAUGGUGUGGUGGAGGAUUUGCUGGUAAAAGUGGAAGAGUUCAUCUUUCCAGCUGACUUUGCUGUGCUUAACAUGGAGGAAAGAGCCAACCCAUUAAUCAUCCUAGGAAGGCCAUUCCUAGCUACAGCUGGAGCCAUAAUUGAUGUUCAAAAAGGGAAGCUAGUCUUGAGAUUACAUAAAGAGAAAAUGGUCUUCAAUGUCUUCAAGGCAAUGAGCUACCCUAAAGAAUCCAUUGGAGAAUGCAGGAUGGUGAACAUAAUUGAAAAUCUUGUUCAAGGAGUCCUAGAGGAAGAACAAUGUGAAGAAAUCAAAGAGCAAGAUCAACAAACCUUAUGUGGUGACCUACCACUAAAGACUAUGGAUGAACCAGUCAUGUUGGACAAGACAAAUUUAAAAGGGAUCAGUCCCUCAAUGUGUAUGCACAACAUCCUACUUGAGGAAGGUGCAAAGCCCUUAAGACAGCAACAGAGAAGGCUAAAUCCAACAGUGAAUGAAGUAGUCCAAAAAGAAAUGCUGAAGUUGUGGCAAGUAGGGGUAAUUUACCCAAUUUCAGACAGCCCCUGGAUUUUGCUGUUGGUGCUGUUUUAUGAUAGAGGAAAGUUGAUGAUGAUUCAAGAAAGUCCUUGGUUUGCUGAUAUAGCCAACAUCAAGGAUAUUGAGGAGUUGCCCACCAACAUCAACAAGUUCAUGAGGAGGAAGCUACUCAAUGAUGCUAAAGACUACAUAUGGGAUGAGCCCUACUUGUUUAAAAAGGGUGUUGAUGGAAUCUUGAGGAGGUGUAUUUCACAAGAGGAAGGCCUGGAAGUGUUGUAG